GAAAAUAAAAUCAACAAAUUAACAAGUGGUAUGUUUAAGUGUUUUUAAAAUAAAAUUAAAAUAUAUUUUGCUAAAAAAAAUAUCAAAAUAAUUUACAAUUGAUAUUGCAAUCUGUUAUUAGAAAAUCAAUUAAUGUUUAUCAAGUGAAAUCUGAUUUCCUAUGAAAAAAGUCUAGUUUUAUUUCUCAAAUACAUAUAUAACUACAAAUCAAUAAUAAUUUCUUCUGUGGAUUUCGAAGCAGUUUUUAAUGGAUUAUUAUCUAAAAUUGAUUUAUAACAACUGAAAUUUUUAUUGUUUAUCUGGGGAAUCAAAUGUCUUAAAUUACAACAAAUGUUAUAAUAAUAAAAAUAAACAUCAAUGUAAUAAUAACAACAACCAGCACACCACCCAAACCAUAAACAAAAUUUGAUCCACAAAAACAUAAUCAUUAAUUUAGAUCAACAAACACCUUCCUGCAACAGAGAAAGAGACGAACAAAACGAAAACAAACACGCAAAAUGACCGAUACAAAUGGUAAUGAGAUCUCCAGCAAUGGUGAUAUAAAUAGACAAUCUGAAUCACCGGCACGUACUAUAGAUUCACAUGAUUCAACAACUGGUAGCAUGGACACAAUUGUUGAUCGUUCAACACAUAAUAGUGCAGCAGCAACAACAACAACAGCAAAUAAUCAUGAGGAAAUGAUGCAGAGCACCAUUGAACAGAGUACGAAUACAACAAAUAUGCAACAGCAACAUAAUAGUUUAACAAAUUCCGAAAUAGCCAUGUUGCAACAACAAAAUCCAAGCGGAAGUGAUGAUGAAUUAAUGUUAAAACAUCAACAAGAUCUACAACACCAACAGCAGAUGCAAAAACAAAUACAACAAACAAAACAAAUGGACGCCCAAAGUCAUAUCUAUUCCAGUCCAGUUUAUGAUGAAAAACCAGCACAACCCCUUAAGCUUACUGCGGCCACUUUGUUGGAGAGCACUAAAUCGAAAGAGCUAGAAAAACCCAAAUUAAUCUCACAUGAAGAAUUCAAACAACAAUUGCAGGAAACCAUUGCCUCUCGGGCAGCUACUUUAGACUCUAGAAUAAGUAAAAAACAACGGUUUCCUCCAGAACUCAUCAAAGAUGAUGGCAGUUCUACUAAAUCCUCCAAGUCAUUGAAGAAAAAACGUUCCAUGCCUAAGAGUAGCACAGCCUGUUGUUCAGCUUUUCCUGUACAGAUAAUUUUGGGUCUUUUACAAUUGAUCUUGGCUAUUUCUCUGGUCGCCUUGGGCUCUUUGUUGAUUGUGAGAGAUGCUUCUCUAUCCACAGCUGGUUGUGGCAUUUGGACUGGCUUAAUAGCAGCUGUUACCGGCUCUUUGGGUGUUGUGGGUUUGCGUAAAACACAAACCUCAUUUUUGGCAUUAAGUUUAGUGUGUAUAGCGUCGAGUACAUUGGCCUUAGCCAUUUCUGGUAUUGGUCUGUCGAGGGAUAUCAAUCGUUCAAAGGAAGAGUUCAAUUUAUUAAACGCCAAUAGUGAAAUUUCAGCGGCCUCUGGUUUAAUAUUCACAUUGUUUUUGCAUUUUAUUGUCAGCAUACUAUCGGUGUAUCGUUGUGCCUUGCAAAUGUGUUCAAGAUCCAAGGCUGCUGAAUUGCAGGAUAUUAUUAUAAAAUCAAAUGCUAAUGGCUUGUCACUUCAUCCAGAUAGUGUCGAUCAAUAUGUCAAGGCCAUGUCUAUAGCUGGUAGUGAAAAGAACAACAAUGAAAAACUGGCAGCUUUAUGGAUGUAUGCAGCUCAAAAUGGUAAUAUGAUGACAGCACAACCGAAAAUGGCGCCCAACGGAAGACCUGUUAUGCUUAUACCAGCCACUGGAAAUUUACCUCCACCACCUACUAUGAUGAUGGGGCCACCACCACCACAACCUAUGAUGGGACCUCCCCCGCCAAUGGCCGCCUAUCGUGGAAUGACUUUACCCUAUAUGAGAACCACUUCCAUGCCUGUAAUAUACGCUCCACCGCCCGGCAGCAUGCCCGGAACCUAUCGUACCCAUAAAAGUUCAAAAUCUAAUGAUGGACGUAAAAAACGUAAAGCCAUGGCGGCAGCCCAAGUCUUACGUUCGGGUAAAUCCAAUGCUGAUCGCCGCCAAAGACGUAAAUCUGAUGCCGAUGUAGUAGAUGGUAAUCCCUCAUUUCAGUAUCAUGGCUUAGAUCGUGCUAUAGCGGAUAAUUUUUUGGCACGUCAAGAACAAUCACAUACUAGUAGUCAUUUGGAUUAUUCCUCAUCAUCGGGUGCUAGCGAUACGUAUGGUAAUACCGCUCCGUCAAGAGCUUCGUCUAAGACAAAAAUUGUUUGUCGUGAUGUUGUAAUGUGAAAAAAGUGUUAUAAAUAUUGCAUUAGUAUUUAAUAUAAAAAAAGAACAAGUUUUCUUUAGAUAUUAAGUUGAUAAAUUAAUUUUAAUUUUUAUUAUUAUUUUUUAAUCUAUUGUAUAUAAAAUUUGUUUAAGCAAAAGAAAACUAAUCUAUUCAAGAUUUAUCAAGGAUAUAUAUUUUUUAUAACCUUUCAUAUAUUAUAUACUUAAUUUGACUACAUUCAUUCACUUAUAUAAAUAUACUUAAUAAUUAUUUUCAUUAAUAUUUAACUAAUAAUAAAAACGAUUGUAUAUUUAAAUUAAAAUUUUGUUAAUAAUAUUUAAUAAAGAUGACAAAAACUUCAAA